GAGUCAUUUCCGUCCGCCGAGAAACAGAGAAAGAAGCCGGUGGAGUUGCGAGCAGAGCGCCUCGGGCCGGACUUCCCUGGUCGCAAGUGGCAGGCCGGCGCUAGGGAUGGCCGAGGUGGAGCUCCAGGGCCGCCUGUGGCUGGAGAGCCCCCCUGGGAGUGCGCCCCCCAUCUUCCUGCCCUCGGACGGGCAAGCCCUGGUCCUCGGCCGGGGACCCUUGACCCGGGUUACCGACCGGAAGUGCUCCAGAAACCAAGUGGAGCUGGUCGCAGACCCUGGGACUAAGACCGUGGCAGUGAAACAGCUGGGAAUUAACCCCUCAACUGCUGGGACCCAGGAGCUGAGUCCGGGGGCAGAAGGCUCUCUGAGGGUGGGGGACACACUGUAUUUGGUCAACGGCCUCCACCCGCUAACCCUGCGCUGGGAAGAGGCCCGCACGUCUGAAUCCCAGCAAGACACUCCACCCGGCACCCCUCCGGUGGCCCCAGACGCUUCAGGGGACGUUGAACCACCGAAGAAGAAGCGGAUGCGGAAGUCAUCCUCCGGCUGGGAGAAUUUUGAGAAGCUGCUAGUGUUUACAGCACCUGGGGUGAAGCCCCGGGGCAAGGUGGCCGCCUUUGAUCUGGAUGGGACCCUCAUCACCACCCGCUCUGGGAAGGUCUUUCCCACUGGCCCCAGUGACUGGAGGAUCUUGUACCUAGAGAUUCCCCGUAAGCUCCGGGAACUGGAUGCGGAAGGCUACAAGCUGGUGAUCUUCACCAACCAGAUGGGCAUCGGGCGCGGGAAGCUGCCGGCAGAGGAGUUCAAGGCCAAGGUGGAGGCUGUGGUGGAGAAGCUGGGCCUUCCCUUUCAGGUGCUGGUGGCCACGCACGCCGGCUUGUACCGGAAGCCGGUGAUCGGCAUGUGGGACCAUCUGCGGGAGCAGGCCAACGAGGGCGUGCCCAUCUCCGUAGGGGACAGUGUCUUUGUGGGAGACGCAGCCGGACGCCCAGCCAACUGGGCCCCGGGGCGGAAGAAGAAAGACUUCUCUUGUGCGGACCGUCUGUUUGCCCUCAACCUUGGCUUGCCCUUCGCCACGCCGGAGGAGUUCUUCCUGAAGUGGCCCGUCGCCAGCUUUGUGCUCCCCACCUUUGACCCGAGAACCGUCUCCCCCUCGGGGCCGCUCUACCUCCCUGAGGCCAGCUCCCUCUUGAGUCACAGCCCUGAAGUGGUGGUCGCCGUGGGAUUUCCUGGGGCUGGCAAGACCACCUUCCUGCAGGAGCAUCUCGUGUCGGCUGGCUACGUCCACGUGAACCGGGACACCCUGGGCUCAUGGCAGCGCUGCGUGACCACGUGCGAGACCGCUCUAAAGCAACGGAAACGGGUUGUGAUCGACAACACAAACCCGGACCCUCCCACCCGGGCCAGGUACAUUAAGUGCGCCCGGGACGCAGGGGUCCCUUGCCGCUGCUUCCUCUUCGGCGCCACGCUGGAGCAGGCGCGCCACAACAACCGGUUCCGAGAGAUGACCGGCUCCUCUCACGCCCCCGUGUCCGACGUCGUCAUGUUUGGCUACAGAAAGCAGUUCGAGGCCCCGACGCUGGCGGAAGGCUUCUCGGCCAUCCUGGAAAUCCCGUUCCGGCUGAACGUGGAGCCUCCCCUCGAGCGGCUGUACCGCCAGUUCUCAGAGGGCUGAGCUGCCCCUGCCCCCCAACCCCCAAUAAAUGGUUUUCCUUUAA